GUCACAUGUAGCGGGGAAAGCAGGAAGUGUCCUCUGUCGAGAAAAAAAUGGACACAAACGACACGGAGAACGGUGAUGAAGAUUGGUGUAGUUUCUGUUUAAUUGCCAGCGGUCAAGACGAAAAAGCGGACGUUUUACGAAAAAAUACGCAACUGGUGUGUUUCCGGGACAUUUGCCCCGCUGCUCCUCAUCAUUACCAGGUUGUUCCCGUCCGGCACAUAAAAAACUGUUACUCGCUGCACAGUGGACACAUCAAACUUGUUGAAGACAUGGCUGAAAUGGGGAGAGCAGUACUCCGUGACCAAGGUGUCACAGAUAUGACAGAUAUCAGGCUGGGAUUCCACCAACCUCCUUACACUUCAGUGGAUCACCUCCACCUCCAUGUCCUCGCCCCAGCCAGUAAGAUAUCAGAUCAUAUGCUGUUUAAAUUCAUACCCGGAACACAGUAUUUUGUCAAUGAAAAAAAGCUAAGGAAGCGCCUAAAAAGUGCUUCCCUUCCCUAUUCUGCGGCUGCUACCAAGUACAAUAUACAACUGGGAGCUUAAUGAGAUAAUAAAAACGGGAAGCAGAGAAGCAGAGAGAAGCACUUGGUAGCAAAUGGGCUUGGGUAGCACUUGGGCACAUUUCACAGAGCUAUUGAACCUUUAGGGUAACAAUAGACACUGGUAAAAAGAAUGUGUUUUUUUAAUAUUUAUUUUUAUAUAGCAUACACACCUGCCUUUUUAAAACAUUUGUUGUUUAUUUUGCCCUUGACUUGCACAUAUUCAAAGCAAAGUAUGCUUCAUGUGUGAAUAAUAAAAUGUGUUUGCUGUUAUGAAGUGUAUUACAGUAUGGACUUGUGGUCAAUAUUGCAUAUGAAAAUGUAAAACGUGUUUGUAAAGAACUGUCACUUGAGUGGGAGCACCUGUAUUAUGGGAUUAUUCUAU